AUGGGCUGGCUGGCUGGCUGGCUGGCUCUGGCCCGUGGACCAGGGAAUUCGAAUGAUACUAUGCCGAAUGCGUUGCCGAAAGAAAGAAGGAACAACAAAACGUGUAGGCAUGUAUUUGCGACAAAUACGGUAGGCAUCGCCAGACCAGAGCUCUCUAUUAUCAGGUAA